AGUAGAGCUAGAGAGAGAAACAGAGGGACAGAGGCAGGCUGAGCUCCAGGAGGAACCAGGCUGCUGCUCCAACGCUUCCACACCAUCGACCUCAUAUGUCGGAGCGGCGGGGUUCAGCCUGACAGCCUCUAACCUUGCUCUUCUCUCUGCUGCAUGUCUUCGUCCCUUCUGAGGACAGUGGAGGAACUUCACCGGUGGCUCUGGAGCAGCGCGGCCGUGUGGUUGUGUGUUCGAGGAGGCGGGGGGACGAUGCAGAGCAGACCGCUAGUGACCUGAACUUCCUUCCCUUCCUGGCUUAUUCAGUCAGAGAAAUGCACAUUCAGCAUAAUGGCACAAUUCUCCACCACCGGAAAAUCAAAUGAGAGCAGCCCGCAGCCGCAGCCGCAGCGGGAGCGGGAGCGGGAGCGGGAGCGGGGGCGGGCGCAGCGGGCAGGAUGCUGACUUUGUGCCCGGUGUGAGCGCAGCUGUCUGCAGAGAGUCGAGCAGAGGGGCUGGGUGUGAAGCAGCCGGACUUACUGCUUUCAUGAAGCAGGUGACUUGGUCCACAUGUCAAGCCAGAGACAAGUUUUGCUGUUUUGGGACCAGCAGUGUGUGAUGUGAAGAGGAAAGGAAGCAAGAGCAUUACCUCAAAUGAUAACCCUCCAGUGUGUCCAUGGCACCAUCAGAGUGGAGACAACUUUGCAGUGGUGGAAGAUAAGAGAGGAUAAAAAUGUGAUGAUUUUUACUGAUGUUUUCCACCUCAGUUAUGGACUGUGGAGACAGUGGACAGUGAUGGAGUAAAACUGCUUAAUGAGAUCAUUGCAUUUCCAUUGAUAAGCUUAUGACAACCAAUUACUAAGGGAUUACCCAAGGCCUUCAGCACCACCAAACAUGACAUAGUGGUGUUAUUGAGUCUUCUGUUGGAAAUUUCUUUUCAUUUGUUUUUUGGAUUUUUACAUUUCCUGGUCUGCUUGAAAUGGAGAUACAGUGGCGUUUAUGGAAUAAGGACUCCUUUAUAAGUCCAUGGAUACCUAUACUGUUAGGCCUUCACCUCCAGUUCUCCAGGGCCUCCAAUUGUCCCGAGGAGUGCCGCUGCGAUCGCACCUUUGUUUAUUGCAAUGAGCGGAGCCUGACUUCAGUGCCUCUGGGAAUUUGUGAGGGUUACAAGACCCUCUACCUCCACAACAACCAAAUCAAUAAUGCUGGCUUUCCCUUGGAGCUCCACCUUGUGUCUUCUGUUGAAACAGUGUACCUCUAUGGUAACCAACUGGAUGAGUUUCCAAUUAACCUUCCCAAAAAUGUUAAGGUCCUCCAUCUACAAGAGAACAACAUUCAGACCAUCUCCAGAGCUGCUCUAGCUCAACUUCUUUGGCUGGAGGAGCUGCAUUUGGAUGAUAAUUCCAUUUCCACUGUUGGGGUCGAGGAAGGGGCCUUCCGUGAGGCGGUCAGCUUGAAAAUGCUUUUCCUCACCAAGAACCACCUAAGCAGUGUGCCUAUUGGUCUCCCAGAUGAUCUAAAAGAAUUGCGAUUGGAUGAGAAUCGGAUUGCAGUUAUUGCAGAAGAAGCAUUCAAAAAUGUCACCCACCUGGAACGCCUCCUGUUGGAUGGAAAUCUAUUGACAGAUGAAGGAAUCUCACCAGGGACCUUUCAGGACCUGGUCACCUUGAGGGAGUUGUCCCUGGCCCGCAACUCACUUACUUACCCUCCCCCCUUCCUCCCUGGAGAGGUGCUUGUCAAAUUAAACUUUCAGGAGAAUCAGAUAAACCAGAUCCCUGUCAGAGCAUUUGCAGGGUUUCAAAAGCUGGAGAGGCUGGAUAUUUCUAACAACCAGCUGCAGUCAUUGACACAAGGGGUCUUUGACGGCCUCGCAAGUCUUAGACAGCUCACUGUUCGGAACAACCUUUGGCUAUGUGACUGCAGCAUCAAAUGGGUGACUUCAUGGCUCAAAUCUCUGCCUGCUUCACUCAAUGUACGUGGUUUCAUGUGCCAUAAACCUGAAAAGGUCCGGGGCAUGGUGAUCAGGGAACUCAGUGCCGAGCUGGUCCAGUGCCCACAGAGCACAGUCGUAGCACUCGAGCUGUCCUCACAAGCUGACACUGCUCUAACCCCACUCCUGUCCUCUUCCACAGGAUCCCCUUUAACCACUCAAUAUUUUUCCUCCCCCUCUCGGCAACCUUUCCUCAUACUACCCACCCUCUACCCAGUCUAUACAACAAGAGGGAGAGGAACAAGGACUAAGCAGCCUCUGGACCCCCGAAAGGAGACUUUGCAAGUUGCAUUUGCCAUUCUAAAUGGUUCAGCUAUCCAUGUGAGUUGGGUGGCUGCAUUUCCAGUCACUGCCUACAAGGUGACCUGGGCCAGAAUGGGCCCCAGUCUAACAGGGGACACAGUAAGGGAGAGGAUAGUGGGUGGGGAUCAUCGGGGUAUACGGCUGGCAAACCUUGAGCCUAAAUCCACUUAUCGGAUCUGUGUCAUUCCUUUGGAUGCAUUCAAUACUUAUAGACCAAAAGAUAAUACUGUGUGUACUGAGGCCAUAACCACAGCAACCUUGUUUAGCCCUGACAACAACAACAAUAAAAGACAGUCAGGGCCUGAGCAGGCCACCCAACAAGAACCCAGUUCACCUUUUUUGCUGGCAGGGCUGAUUGGUGGGGCUGUGAUUAUAGUGCUGGUUGUACUGCUCAGUAUCUUCUGCUGGCAUAUGCACAAGAAAAGCCGCUCUAAGUUCUCCUCCAAGUGGAAAUACAACAGGGGACGCAGAAAAGAUGACUAUUGUGAGGCAGGCACCAAGAAAGAUGAUUCCAUCCUGGAAAUGACUGAAACAAGCUUCCAGAUAGUCUCACUCAACAAUGAACAGCUCCUCAAGGGAGAUUUUCACAUUCAGCCUAUUUACACCCCUAAUGGGGGCGUUGGCUUCCAAGACUGCCCCCUAGGGAACAACAGCACAGUCUACUGCAAGAACAAUGUUCAAGAUGCAGACUUUUGUCACUCAUUAUAGUUUCUGGAGAGCAGAAGCAUUUUUGCGGACAACCACCCACACGUUACUGAAUAAUGUACAAUGUCAAUACUAUUUGAAACCCCUGUGUCUUCAGGAAAUGUUAUUUAUACAGCUGGCUGGAUGAUAUCUUUUAUAUAACAGCAACGGAUUUAAAAGUUAUUAGUUAAUGGAAUUUUGCUGUUUCAGUUCUGAGCACACAAACAUGUACAAUCAGGAUUUAUUCCUUUUAAGUAGUAAGGCUGUAUUUUAUUCAGUUUUUCAGUAAAACUGAGAGUUUUAAGUUUUUGGUUACUGUGACCAUAACAGAUCAAGAAUCCACAUUAUAGAUGGUGUAUUAAGUAAGAACAACAGGUAGAAUUCUGUAUGAGAGAGAAGGAAACUUGACACACACAAAUCACCAAUGCUCACCACUAGAGGGUAUACUUUUCUGGAAACCAGACAGUCAGCCUGACUUUCUGACAGUUCUCAGGAAAGUUCUCCCAGUAAUUUGACACGUUUCUUUAAUUGCAACUGUGCUCAAUACAGCUGCAAUGUUUGUUCAAGGAAUAGAACAUAUUUUUUAUGCAAACUGUUUUCUCUUGGCAUCAAAAGGAAUUUCAAAGGCCACACUCAUUAAAUAUUCACAGAAAGUGGCAGGCCAGAAUGUUUUCACCUGUUUUUCAAGAUUAAUAUGUUGUCACAGUUAUGGAGUCAUGUUAUUAGUACUAGCUGUGUUAGGUGGUGGGUAUCACACGGAGUGAGCAACAAAAAAGCACAUCUGCAAUCUGCUGUAUGUUUAACCCAUUAGGAACCAGCGGUUUCCCUUUUGUUCAGCAAGAAUAAUGUAAUGGUUAAACAGUUUAUAUACGUGCCUUGAAAUUGUCAGCUUACAAUGUCUUUUAAAUCCAUGUUUUUGCAAAAAACAAAUCCUGUAAAUACAUUUAAUUGAACUGUUGUUGAGGAAACAUCUUGCCCUUAAUUAUUUAUUUACCUCCUUACACAUUUAAUUAAAAUGUCUCCAAAUGUGAAUUUA